CUCUUUCUCAGUCACUGUGGGUCCGGCCUAAUCGAAGACCGAGGUUAUGAAGUCGAUCCUAGAUGGCCUUGCAGACACCACCUUUCGCACCAUCACCACAGACCUCCUCUACGUGGGCUCCAAUGACAUUCAGUACGAAGACAUCAAAGGAGACAUGGCAGCCAAAUUAGGAUACUUCCCGCAGAAAUUCCCUCUGACUUCCUUCAGGGGCAGUCCCUUUCAAGAGAAGAUGACUGCAGGAGACAACUCCCCGUUGGUCCCCGUGGUAGACACAGCAAACAUCACAGAAUUCUACAACAAGUCUCUCUCGUCAUACAAGGAGAAUGAGGAGAACAUCCAGUGUGGGGAGAACUUCAUGGACAUGGAGUGCUUUAUGAUUCUGAACCCCAGUCAGCAGCUGGCCAUUGCCGUGCUCUCCCUCACACUGGGCACCUUCACCGUUCUGGAGAACCUGCUAGUUCUGUGCGUCAUCCUGCACUCCCGCAGCCUCCGAUGCAGGCCCUCCUACCACUUCAUUGGCAGUCUGGCAGUGGCCGACCUCCUGGGAAGCGUCAUUUUUGUCUACAGCUUUGUUGACUUCCAUGUGUUCCACCGUAAAGACAGCCCCAAUGUGUUUCUGUUCAAACUGGGUGGGGUCACGGCCUCCUUCACAGCUUCUGUGGGCAGCCUGUUCCUCACAGCCAUUGACAGGUACAUAUCCAUUCACAGGCCUCUGGCCUAUAAGAGGAUCGUCACCAGGCCCAAGGCCGUAGUGGCUUUUUGCCUGAUGUGGACUAUUGCAAUAGUAAUUGCUGUGCUGCCUCUCCUUGGCUGGAACUGCAAGAAGCUGCAAUCUGUUUGCUCCGACAUUUUCCCACUCAUUGAUGAAACCUACCUGAUGUUCUGGAUUGGAGUCACCAGCGUGCUGUUGCUAUUCAUUGUGUAUGCAUACAUGUACAUUCUCUGGAAGGCUCACAGCCAUGCAGUCCGCAUGAUUCAACGUGGAACCCAGAAGAGCAUCAUCAUCCACACAUCAGAAGAUGGCAAGGUGCAGGUGACCCGGCCCGACCAAGCCCGCAUGGACAUUAGGCUGGCCAAAACCCUGGUCCUGAUCCUGGUGGUGUUGAUCAUCUGCUGGGGCCCUCUGCUUGCAAUCAUGGUAUACGAUGUCUUUGGAAAGAUGAAUAAGCUUAUCAAGACAGUGUUUGCCUUCUGUAGUAUGCUCUGCCUGCUGAACUCCACCGUGAAUCCCAUCAUCUAUGCUCUGAGGAGCAAGGACCUGAGACACGCUUUCCGCAGCAUGUUCCCUUCGUGCGAAGGAACGGCACAGCCUCUAGAUAACAGCAUGGGGGACUCGGACUGCCUGCACAAGCACGCCAAUAACACAGCCAGCAUGCACAGGGCCGCAGAGAGCUGCAUCAAGAGCACCGUUAAGAUCGCCAAGGUGACCAUGUCUGUGUCCACAGACACGUCUGCCGAGGCUCUGUGA